AUGGCGCGGCCGGUCUCUGCCCCGAAGACUCCCCGCGGGGCGCCGCGCCCACGCUCCGCUGCUCUCAGGCAGCGCGCUAUCUUCUCAGAGGUCUUGAUCCCCGAUGAGGGUCAAAGCAAGGCCCAAAGACUCGCGGGGCCACCGCGAACACGGGAGGUUCGCUCCACCAGGGAGGCACGGCCCCUUAGCGCCGGCAGCUACUCGCAACGGAAGCGCGUGGCGGGCAUGCCGCUUCUGAAGGCUUCCGAGCCUCUGCAUCCGAGCAUGGAGCCCAAGGUGAUGGAGUCUCACCGGACCUUCGCCGGGCGUUGUCCUCGCCGCCUGCGCAUCGAGCGACUGCGGAAGAAGUAUGCAUCUCUGGAUGUGCAGAAGCUGCUGGUUGAGCGGGACGUGGACGUCUCUCAACCCUGGUACGAAGACAAGAGCCCUCUCCCGCUGGAGGCCUUCGAUGACACAGAGUACGACCUGCGUACGCCGGAGGAGUGGAUGGACUUCUGUCACGAUCCCAGCGGCCAGUUCAAGCCUCUGCCCGCCUUGGCUCUCUGGCGCGACCCGGACAGCGGCGCGGGCUACUGGCGGAGGGCCAUGGUUCUGCAUUACCAUGCCACCGUGAAGAAGUUCGAGAUCCAGUACGAGGACCCAGAGCCGGUUGGAAAUGGCGGCCGCCGUGGUAUGGUCGACCACCUCCCGCGGCUACGCGUGAUGUUUCGGGGCGAAGAUCCAGAGGUCUUUGCCAACCGCGUGGAGCACGCAUACAAGUCCCGGCGGCGAGCCGAGAUUCUCUUGAGAUACAACUUCUUCGUUGACAACAUGCCGACGGACGAUGUGCAGCAGCUGAGCACCGAUCAAAUCGCCUGGCUGAAAGACGCGACCAAAACGUGCGGACCAGAGACUUCCAACACCGAGUGGGACUUCAUCGUCCAGGAGGUGCAGUUGGACUUUGGCCGGGCAAUGAACAGAAUCACCUUCGACACGCACUUGCUGGAGGAGGACACGAAGAAGUCAGAUCCGCUGCAGGAACUCCUGCGCCCCGUGGCGGAGCAGGGCCCUGUUGGUGUUGCAGCGGCGGGCGCCGCUCCCGCCCCCUGGCGUGGCCGAGUGGCGAUCCCGAAACACCCGUUCCAGGCCACCUUCGCCAACCUCUGCUGGCGCACGCUGCGGGUGCGGUCUGAAGUGGUGCUUGCUCUUCAAGGCAUCAAGGGGGAGAGCGAGCGAAGGUUGCAGCAGGAGACGAUCUUUAGCACCGACUUCUCUCGACCGCUGCGGUUAGACGAGUUUCGGCAAAACCUGAGGUCCUCGUGCGCGGAGGCGGCGCUGUCGCUGAAG